AUGCGAGCGUGGAAGCGGGAAAUCCAACCUCACUCCAAAGUCGAUGACCACCACACAUGUCGCCUAGUUACAGCCGGCUUACAGGGCGCAAACUCCUCUCUUCGUGUUAUAACCUUGUCUAGGGGGUUGCGGCCAUCUGUCAACAUCAUGCAGUGCGGCGCAGCGCCAAAGAGCUCGGCAAAACCACCAACUGCCGAUGACUUCGCUGACAGGGACUUCUCACUGAGUAGUCCUGUAUGUGGUGCCCCGGAUCACUGGUACUCAGGAGGACCGGACUCCGAGAAAGCCGAGAAAGGGUGGUACUUCCUCUACGGAAAGCUGAUGGACCUGUCAAAGCUUGCCGAGUACUUGGAUAUCGAACGGCCACGCGAGUUGAAGGCGCAGGCAGCGUCGGUUGAUGGGUAUAAACUGGUGGAAUACGGCUCGUCCCUAGAGUUAAUCCAUGAAAACGAUGGAUCAACUGCCCGCGGAAUGGCAGUUUGGAUUGAAUCUAGCAUUCAAGCUCGAAACCUACAGAGCUAUGCCACAGACGCUUUCACGCUUCGGUCUUGCACUAUCAUUCUCGACGAACACGAUGAGAGAACAACGGUAUCCGUACCUGGCCACACGUUCGUCCCUGAGGGUAAGCAGGAUGGGCCAAGGCUCAAGCCACCUGUUUCAACAUGA